AUGGCUGCCUCGAUAAAUGAGACUGACACCAAGUUUAAGGUCUUUGGGACCACACCCUAUGACUAUUCCGAGGGAAGUCCCUGUGAAAAAGUCAACAUUAAGGAUCUGGAGGCCCAGUUUCUACCCCCACUGUAUUCCCUGGUGUUCAUUGUUGGCCUGUUGGGCAAUGUGACGGUGGUGGUGAUUCUCACAAAAUACAGAAGGCUCAGAAUUAUGACCAACAUCUACCUACUCAACUUGGCAAUUUCGGACUUACUCUUUCUAGUCACUCUUCCCUUCUGGAUUCACUAUGUUGGAUGGAACGAGUGGGUUUUUGGCCACUGCAUGUGUAAGUUCCUCACAGGACUUUAUUACAUAGGCUUGUACAGUGAGAUCUUUUUCAUCGUCCUGCUGACAAUCGACAGGUACCUGGCCAUUGUCCAUGCUGUGUUUGCCCUGCGAACCCGAACUGUCACCUUUGGUAUCAUAACCAGCAUCUUUACCUGGGUCCUGGCAGGGCUUGCAGCCCUUCCUGAAUUUAUUUUCCAUGAGUUCCAAGAGGAUGUUGAACAAUCUGUCUGCAGUCCUCAUUACCCAGAGGAUGAAGAAGAUACCUGGAAACGUUUCCAAGCUUUGAGGAUGAAUAUCUUGGGUCUUGCUCUCCCUCUUCUCAUUAUGGCUAUCUGUUACUCGGGAAUUAUUAAAGCACUGCUGAAAUGCCCGAGCAGACAAAAGUACAAGGCCAUCCGGCUCAUUUUUGUCAUCAUGGUGGUCUUUUUCCUUUUCUGGACACCUUACAGCCUGGUUCUCCUUCUUUCUGCUUUUCAAGUCAUCCUCCCUGAGAACAACUGUGAGCAGAGCAAACAACUGGACCUGGCCAUGGCGGUGACAGAAGUGGUCGCCUACACCCACUGCUGUGUCAACCCUAUCAUCUAUGCCUUUGUCGGUGAGAGAUUCCAGAAAUACCUCCACCACUUUUUCCACAGGCAUAUAGGCAUCUACUUGAGCAAGUACCUUCCCUUCCUGCCUAAAGAAAAACAGGAAAGGGCCAGCUCUAUCUCCCCAUCAACAACAGGGGAGCAGAGACUAUUCUCUGAAGUAUUUUAA